AUGCCAAUAUACAACAUGACAACCGGAAAACGGGUUGAUAUCGAGGCCGGCCCCGGACAGUACACUGUCAUGGAAUAUAAUAAGAAAACUGGAGAAUUUGAUUGUAUUGUAAAGGAAAUUCCAAAAAAUAAUCCAGAAAAUUCAUUUGAGAAAAUCUUGAAGUGGGCGGAGGAGAAAGAGAAGAAGAAGUUGGCGAAGAAAAAGCAGCGAAAACAAGCGGUUCCAUCGGCUGAGUUGUCGAAUUCUGGAAAUUCUUCUAAAUCGGAUUCAGAAGAUUCAGAUGACAUUGAGAAGUAUUCUGAAGAAGCUAAAAAUCGUGUGUACGACUGGACACCGGAAGAAAAUAUGAGAAUGAUUGAUAAUUUGAGAAUGAAGAUGCUGAAAAUGGAAAAUGAGCAGUCAGCUUCUGAACCGGAUUCUGAAUCGGAUUCUGAGGAUUCCGAAGACGCUGAAGAAGAUUUUGAAGGAACCGGGGAUUCUGAAUCCUCGGAUUCAGAAUACACCCACGACUCGCAAUCGGGAGUUCUCACCAAACACGGCGUUUCUGAAAUCCUGAAAACUGGAAAAAUUGAGAAUUCUUCUGAAGGCUUCAAUCUUGAAGACGUCAAAAAAGUGUUCGACGCAAAGGCCAAGGAGAUGAAGGAGAAGGUAAGUGCGCUCUAUUGA